AUGCAAAAGAGGAGAAGGAACGCCAGAAAAAAUGUCAAGUGAAAUUAUUAGAAUGACAUGGACUUUGGUACAGUUUGCAUUGUCUUGACAAAGUGGAUUUUAUGGAAUCAUUUUUUACGUUGAAUUCAGAACAGAGGAAGUGUCAACAUGAAUCACCGAGCUACAGCUCCGAAGACAAGAGGUGAUAAUUAUCUGAGCAUAAAGGACUCGGAGUCCCUUGACACCUACACCCAGAACACUCUCUCUGCAUUAUACCCGCCUUUCGAGGCCACAGCUGCCACUGUCCUGUGGCAGCUUUUCAGCAUAGUUGAAAAGCUGUAUCGAGGAGAUGGCCUCAGGUGCCUAAUUGAUUUCCUUGUCCCUGCCAAGAGAGUCUUACAGUGCAUUCAGCAAGAAACCUGUGCUAAAUACACUGGUCUUAUUUUCUACCAUGAAGGCUGGCCACUGUGCAUCCAUGAAAAAGUGGUAGUACAGUUAGCAUCUCUUCACAGAGUCCGUCUGAAACCAGGGGAUUUCUACUUACAAAUUCUUUCAGCUGGGAAGCAGUCAGCAAAGCUAGUUUUAAAAUGCCUCUCCCAACAUGGACAAGGAAUGGAAGAAGUUAUUGUACCUGAAACCAUGUAUGGAUGUGUUUUUACAGCAGAAUUUUUGGAAAAUGUAAAUUGUGAAAGGGAGAGUGUUCCCUUGCAAAGCUGUUUACUUACCACUGGCCCAGCUGUAUAUAGAACACCUUGGAAGAAUAUAGUGAAUCCUAUUUUUGUCCCUACAGCUGAAACAAUCCUGCAUAAUUAUUCCAGUAGCCCUCUCCUCGGUCGGUUAAUCAGCAAUAAUACUGAUGUGAAAACAAUGACACAGACCAUGGAGAGCAAUAGUUCACAUGACAGUUCCACUUCCAAUGAUACUGGCUCUACUGUCAUAGAAGCAACACUUACCGAUAAUCAUGGAAACCAAGGGAGUGAAGUGUAUAGUCCAGUUCAUACUGCAGAAAGUAGGGCUGAAUUGGAAUUCCUUGAGACCCCAGCUGAGGAGAGCACAGGAGAGUACGUAAAUCUCAGCAUGUUGACUAAGGACUGCCCCAGCAUGAUAGAAAGGGUUUUACCACAGGCCACUGAGCCUGAAAUGACACCUGAAGUAUUAAAAGGCGGCGCGUUAUCGCCCAUAAUGGAGAGAAAGAACAGCAUCAAAAGCAUAACUUUCAGCACGGAUUUGAGCAGCCCUUGUCCAAGAAGACGACAACUCAGGGAUUCUUCAUAUUUUGAGACAAGGCGCUUGUUUAGAAAGUCAUACAUGGAAGCUUUGCAAAACCCAAUGAAUCUUGGUUCCAGCUCAGAGGAGUCAAUUGUAGAAGAGGAGACUUCAGACCAGACAGUGGACUCAUGUGAAGUGAAUGAUGACUUGAGAAUCUCUGAGAGCAAAUCUCGUGAGAAACAAGUUGAGAAGGAAGAUUCUCUUGCUGAUAGACUUGCACCAAAGAAGGAAACAACAGAGGUCAUAAGGCCUGAAGAUUGUUCACAGGCCUCAGAAAAACUGCCUAUGCCUCAUGAAACUUUCUCUGUAGCAGAUUGCAAGGCUGGACCGAGGAGGUCUCGGUCUUUAGAUAGGUCACAUAAGAGUUCACAUGGUAAGGAUCAUAGUCCAAGGUUGUUCUCAGAUAGUUCAGCAAGUGCAAACCCUAAAAAGCUCUUAAAUGGACAUGCUUUAAGACUGGGGAAGUUGGACUCCAAUGGUCAUUUAUUCAUUACUGUGAAAAGCAACAAAUGCAACAAGGAGGAUGAAGAUUUUCCUCAGCACUCAACAGUAAUAGACUCAAGAAACAGUUUCCAGGGUGAGUGUAGCACAAUUACAAAUGCAUCUCCUGAGCUAUUCCAUUGUGAGAGUGAGCUGCUGUCUACAAAUGCUGGAGACCUUUGCCACAGAUUACCAAACCAAUUACUUGAAAUCAACCAGGAAUUACUGCAGUCUGGAGUCAUUUCUCUAUGUGGAAGCCGAGACCGGGGUGGCAGAGCAGUGGUGCAAGUCUGCACAAGAAAUACCAUCUGGUCAAGUGAACAUUCCACAACUACAGAGCUUGCUCGUCUUCUGAUGUAUUUCUAUAGCAUUCCCAGGAAGGAAGUACGUGAUCUGGGGCUCGUUAUUUUAGUGGAUGCUCGUAAGUGCCAGCCUAGUCCUGGUCUUUUCAAAGCUUUCACAGCAUUACAGAGUGCAGUUCCUCACUCCAUUCACAGUGUGCUGAUAUUGACUGAGAAGGAAUCUGCAUUUAGACCUGACAAAGAUACUGCAAUUCAGUAUGAAGUCCUCACAUCACUGAAGGCUCUGCAAAAGCACAUUGACUGUACCCAGUUGACAGCAGAAUUUGAUGGAACCUUUCUGUAUAACCACCAUGACUGGAUGCAUUUCCGAAAGAAACUGGAACCCUUUAUUACAAACUGCAAAGAGGCCAUUGUCUUUCUACGGAAUUCAGUCUGUUCACUGAACUCUAACAGAACCCUAAGUACAGUGCAGGUGGUAAGGGACUUAAUCGACAAACACAAGACAAUGAUGAAACUUGUUUUGGAAGAUGCCUUGCUGGUAACGUUAAGGCUAGAGGGUGGGACAAUCCUUGCAAGACUCAGGAAAGAGGAAUUCUGCAAUACAGAAGACUACCGAGAUGCCAUGGAAGCUAUAACAAGAUUGUACAAUCAAGUAGAUGAGGAGGUCCAUAGGCUGGUUCUCAUAUCGAAUAAGUGUCUGCAACAACUGGAGAAUCUCCAGGAAAUAAGAAAAUUUGAAGAACAUUGUGACCAGAUAAAACUCUGGUUUGAAAAUGAAAGGGAGCAAUAUCUUGGCCCUUUAGAUCAAGAGCUGCUCUCUCUGGAAAGUGUGAAGAAGCAGCAAGAAGAAUUCAGAGUUUUCAGUGACAAAGUGACGCAAUAUUGUGAGAAAGGGCUGCAGCUGAUACAAAAGAACUGGUCACUGAACUUGGAAGAAAAAGUUCAGACCUUCAAGAGUUAUUUGAGUAAUGUCAGCACUCAGACAGAGAAAAGGAAGAGUGAGCUGGAGAAGCUGAUCCACUUGUAUGAGUUUUAUGAGAUGGCACAUGAGUGGAUUUUACGCUGCAAUGAGUAUCUUGAUCAUCUUACUGUGGAGAACAAAUACUCUCAAUCAGUGAUUCAGAGUUUGCAGAGCUACCACCAAGAAGCUACAAAAGUUUCUGCAGAAAACUUUCAAAAAGUGAAUGAGAUGGUAUUGGGUCUGGCUAGCAAAAAGGAACUAAAACAAUGGAAUAUUUUAUGGCUAAAAUGUCAGCAAACAAGGCACCAUUUAGAAGAGGUCCUUUCUGAAGCUCUCAAAGGUUCCAACAAAGAAACUUCUCACAAAGUCCCCCAGGAAGCGGAUGUGAAAGUUAACUGUGAGUUUGAUACUGAAGGUGCUAGACAACCAAGUCAGUCCCUUUCUCGACUCUCUUCUAGCACUGAUAACGACAUUUGGGAUAAUAAUGCUAAGCCAUUGCAUAAACCUCAGCAUAUAAGCCUGCCAUCCGGAGUACCACCUUUUUUAGCUCAUGAGAACUCCAAUCAAAAUAUGGAUGUAUAUGUGCAGCUUAAUGCCUCUCCACCACAGACAUUUACUCCUCUCUUGGGUGGUCUUCAAAGGACUAGCCCAAUCUCAGAAGAUAUGGACAAUGUUUCCACCUCAGGAUCAGCCUCCUGCUAUUCUGAGCCGGUCCAGUCACCAACUACCCGCCACAGAAAACAUCCACUAAAGAAAAUCAUGAAGAAAACGCAAAGCUUUGAGUUUACUCAGCUUGAGAGCAGCCACAGCGAGUUGCACCGUCACGGAUACACUGGAGUUUACAUCAAGGGAUUGGAGGUGGCCAGCAAUGUUGCUGCUGAGAAGAAAUACAUGCAGCGCUUGAAUAUUAAAAGCCCUUUGAUUAGUAGAAACCGAAGUUUAUCUUCCCCAUCAAGGAUCCAUCAUACAGAAGAAGAAGAAAAAAAGAGAGCAGGAAGCAGCAAAGUGCAACAUAUAAUGGAUGAAAUGAUCACAACAGAAAGGGAAUAUGUUAGAUCCUUAGGAUAUAUCAUCGACAACUAUUUUCCAGAAAUGGAAAGAAUCGAUUUACCUCAGGAUUUACGAGGGAAGCGGAAUAUUAUCUUUGGGAACCUGGAGAAGCUCUAUGAUUUCCAUUGCCAGUAUUUUCUAAAAGAGCUGGAACACUGCAGAGACUUCCCAUUGCGUGUCAGCCACUGUUUUCUCAGACAUGAAGAACAGUUUGGAAUGUAUGCAUUAUACAGCAAGAACAAACCACAAUCGGAUGCUUUGCUUACAAGCCAUGGAAAUGCAUUCUUUAAAAAUAAACAACAGGAUUUAGGUGAUAAGAUGGAUCUGGCUUCCUAUCUGCUGAAGCCUAUUCAAAGAAUGAGCAAAUAUGCUCUUCUUCUAAAAGAUAUGAUCAAAGAGUGCACUAAGACCCAGGAGCAGGAGCUCAAUGAUCUCAGGGCAGCUGAAGAAAUGGUAAAAUUCCAGCUUCGUCAUGGAAACGACUUGCUUGCUAUGGAUGCCAUUAGAGGGUGUGAUGUCAAUUUGAAAGAACAAGGACAGCUGAGAUGUCAAGAUGAGUUUAUUGUUUGCUGUGGAAGAAAGAAGUAUUUGAGACAUGUCUUCCUUUUUGAAGACCUCAUCUUGUUUAGCAAAACAAAAAAGAUUGAUGGGGGAUAUGACAUCUACAUGUACAAACAAUCAUUCAAGACGGCUGAGAUUGGGAUGACAGAGAAUGUUGGAGACAGUGGUCUGCGAUUUGAAAUCUGGUUUAGAAGGAGGAGGAAAUCCCAGGACACAUACAUCCUUCAAGCAAACUCAGCAGAAGUUAAAAUUGCUUGGACCAGUAUCAUAGGAAGGAUUCUUUGGAGACAAGCUCUGAGAAAUCGAGAACUCAGAAUGCAAGAAAUGGUGUCAAUGGGAAUAGGCAAUAAACCUUUCAUGGACAUCAAGCCCAGUGAAGCAGCCAUAAGCGACCGAGCAAUAGAUUUCAUCAUGAAGGGAACAGAAUCAAGAUCUCGAGCAUCAAUAGCAGUGUCUUCAUUUGAUCACUCCACUCCAUUCAAAAGGCCGCAUUCCACUAUCUCAAACAGUAGCACAUCUUCCUCAAGCAGCCAGUCCUCUUCUUCCAUUUUGGGAUCACUGAACCUGCAUGUGUAUUCCAGCCCACCUCAUCCAGGCUUAUUAGGACCACCCUUCUACCACUGGUCAUAUGAUAUUAGAACCUGCAUUGAGGAAGAUGAACUGGAGCAGGAAACUGGCAGUCAGCCUUCAAUGAUGACAGAGAGUUCAGAAUCAUCCCAGUGCACUUCCGGUGAAAGUGUGAGUGGUUUUAGUAGCUCUGCCCAUCCUGGAUUGUCCCAGCUCUCUACAGAGACGUUCUUGGAUGAAGAUGCUUCAAAUCCUGGCUCUAAACCUCCUUCCCAGUGCACAUCUCCUGCUCUCCCUGAGAAGAAUCCUAGAUCAAAACACACCAACCAGUAUGUUACAGCGCUAUGAGUCAAAUUACUAUGAAGACAUUUUCAGCCAUGCUGACCCUGCUGUUGCAGAUCAUCCCAAAUUCAUUUUGUGAUGAAAAACCUGUGACACACUUCAUGGACUCUCUUACUGGAUAUUUCAUCAUCAGCAAAAUCAAAAUCGAAAUAUUUUUGUAAACAACCAGGGAAGAGACAUCCUAUUUUUUCUUUAUCAUUUUAAAGGCAGGUUUUUGGUGCAGAGUUCUUAAUCUGCACUUCCAAAAUAUGAACCAAAUUCUGCUCUCAAAUAAGCAUGCAGGUCUAUUGAUUCCAGGGAGUGGCAUUGAAGGCCUGCAAGUGUAGAACUUGGCUUUGUACGUGUGUGUGGCAAAUUAGAAUGUUGUUUUCUGUUUUAACCUGAAUCUUGUAUAUAGCAGAUGAUGAUGUUGUAGAUGUUACUAUAUUUUGUUCAAUCCUGUAAAUGUAGAACUCCUCGAUAAAUGAACUAAUAUCUGUACAAAAGGAAAAAUAUACAAACUGCUUGGAACUUUUGUAAAUAUUAUUUUAUUGCUGCUCAUUACAGCAGAUCCGUUUUUAUCUACUUAUUAGUGUCUUCUCCAGCAUCCCACAAAGGCAACACGAGUUCCUGCAAUCAUAGUAAACAUGGAUGUCUGUUAGAAUAUGGCAUUUUCUAGAGAUUAAAAAUAGAAAUAAUUAUUUGUAACCAUUUUCAAAUAUCAAAUAUGAAAACAUAUUCUUGUUCAUGGAUUGUUGAAAACAGUUUGACUUUUGUUACUUCAAACACUGCCCUUGUUUAAUACUUUUUAAAAAAAAAUAAAACAAUUUCUACCAUUACAUUUA